GGAAGUAUCCUCCACACCGGAAUUCAUCACGCAGCUAGUUAUCAGCCAUUUUUAUUAGAAGCUGUACGAAAAAUAUAAGAUAUCAACACGUUCUUUUACAUUUCAAGGAUUUAAGUAACAUUUCGUCGCAGGGAGAACCCUUGCAGAUAUGUCUGACUUCAUCGACAGCGAGGCUGAGGAGUCAGAGGAGGAGUUUGAGGAGAAAGACCUGAAGCCUAAAAAGACUCAGGCGUUUAUGGAUGAUGAGGAAGAGGAUGAAGACUUGAACACAGAAGACCAGGAUGAGCACGGAAAUCUGAAGGGGCUCAUCGACGAUGACGUAGAUGAGGAUGAGGAAGAAAAGAAAAGUGGCGGAUCAGGCAGUGGCAGCGAUUCAGAGGAUGAAGUUCGACACAGAAGGAAGAAACGCAACUAUGAUGAUUACCUGGAUGAUGAUGAUCUGGACCUUAUUGAGGAGAACCUGGGUGUCAAAGUCAAAAGGAGGAAGAAAAAGUAUGACCGUGUAAAGACAAUGGAUGAUGACGAUGAUGAAGACGAUGAGAAGGACCAGAUCGCAGACGAGAUCUUCCACGGGGGAGACGAUGAUGGAGAGGGGGAGCUAGAGGAGGGUGAGACUGUCGACCUGCCCCUCCGUCGCCAUGGAGAACGCCAAGAAGAAGAGGAGGAAGAGGAAGGGGAGGAGGAGUCAGAUAUAGACGACUUUAUCGUUGAUGACGAUGGCCAGCCUAUUACAAAGAAGAGAGGCAAGAAGUUCUCAGGAUACACUGACGCAGCUCUCCAGGAGGCCCAGGAGAUUUUCGGUGGCGAUUUUGACUUUGCCGACUUCGACGCCGAAGGUGUGUACGACCAGGGGGAGGAAGAGGAGGAGGACCAGGAUGAAGAGGGCUGGGACCGGCCUAAGAAGCAGACUAAGAGAAGGGUGGGCCGGAAGAGCAUCUUUGAAAUCUACGAGCCCAGCGAGCUGGAGAGCAGUCACAUGACGGACCAGGACAACGAGAUCCGCUCCACAGACAUGCCCGAGAGGUUCCAGCUGCGCCCCAUCCCAGUGAAGCCUGCUGAAGAUGAGGAGUUGGAGGAAGAGGCUGAGUGGAUCUACAGAAACGCAUUCUCCACCCCCACCAUCUCCAUGCAGGAGAGCACGGACUACCUGGACCGAGGGACCACCACUAACUUCAGUAGGAAGGGCCCCAGCACCAUUGCAAAGAUCAAGGAGGCUCUGAACUUCAUGAGGAACCAGCACUUUGAGGUCCCGUUUAUUGCGUUUUACCGGAAGGAGUAUGUGGAACCGGAGCUUAACAUCAACGACCUGUGGAAAGUCUGGCAGUGGGACGAGAAGUGGUGCCAGCUGAAGAGCAGGAAGCAGAAUCUGACGCGUCUGUUCCGGAGGAUGCAGUCAUACCAGUAUGAACAGAUCUCUGCCGACCCUGACAAACCCCUGGCUGACGGCGUGAGACCCUUGGACACAGCUGAUAUGGAGAGACUAAAAGAUGUCCAGUCCAUAGAUGAGCUGAGUGACGUGUACAGCCACUUCCUGCUUUACUACGGUCGCGACAUCCCCAAGAUGCAGAACGCCGCCAAGGCCGCCAGCAGGAAGAAGAAGCUGAAGAAGAUCAAGGAGGUCAACGAGGAUGGUGAGGAGGAAGAGGUGGAGGAAGAUGAGGAAGAGCAGAAGGGACCAGAGCUGAAGCUGGCGUCUCGGAGAGACAUGUAUAGCAUCUGUCAGAACGCAGGGCUCGAUGGUCUGGCUAAGAAGUUUGGUCUGACUCCAGAGCAGUUUGGGGAGAAUCUAAGAGAUAGCUACCAACGUCAUGAGACAGAGCAGUUCCCUGCAGAGCCGGUAGAGUUGGCCAAAGACUACAUCUGCAGUCAGUUCAACAGUCCUGAGGCCGUGUUGGAGGGGACUCGUUACAUGGUGGCCAUGCAGAUUGCCAGGGAGCCUCUGGUCAGACACGUCCUCAGACAAACCUUCCAGGAGAGAGCCAAGAUUAAUAUCAAACCCACCAAGAAGGGAAAGAAGGACAUAGAUGAGGCCCACUAUGCCUAUUCAUUCAAGUACCUGAAAAACAAGGCUGUGAAGGAGCUGAACGGAGAUCAGUUCUUAAAGAUGUGUCAGGCCGAGGAUGAGGGACUUCUCACCAUCGACAUCUGCAUUGACCUCCUUGGGGUCAAAGGGUUGGCAGGGGACCAGACAUACUUCGAUGAGAUCAAGCAGUUCUACUAUCGAGAUGAGUUCAGCCACCAGGUCCAGGAGUGGAACAGGCAGAGGACUCUGGCCAUUGAGCGCUCCCUCACCCAGUUCCUCUACCCUCAGAUGGCCAAGGAACUGAAGAACAAACUCAUCGCCGAGGCCAAGGAAAACAUUAUCAAGUCAUGUUGCAGGCGGCUCUAUAACUGGCUGAAGGUGGCUCCUUACAGACCAGACCAGCAGGUGGAGGAGGAGGACGACGACUUGAUGGAUGAAAGUCAGGGCAAAGGCAUCCGUGUCCUGGGAGUGGCCUUCGCAGAUGGCAGAGACGCGCCAGUGUUCUGCUCUCUGAUCAACGGCGAAGGAGAGGUGGUGGACUUCCUCCGACUCCCUUACUUCCUGAAGAGGCGCAACGCGUGGCGCGAGGACGAGAGGGACAAAAAGCUCCAGGACAUCGACUCCCUGAAGAAGUUCUUGAUCAGCAAGAAGCCCCAUGUGGUGGCUGUCGCCGGGGAGAACAGGGAUGCCCACAUGAUAAUGGAGGACAUUAAGAGGACGGUCAGCGAGUUGGAGCAGGAGUCUUCUCUGCCCGCCGUGGGAGUGGAGUUGGUGGACAACGAACUGGCCAUGCUUUAUAUGAACAGUGCAAAGUCACAGACUGACUUCAGGGACUACCCUCCGCUACUGCGUCAGGCUGUUUCCGUGGCCAGGAAGAUCCAGGAUCCCCUGGUGGAGUAUGCUCAGGUCUGCAGCACAGACGAGGACAUCCUCUGCCUCAAACUGCACCCUCUGCAGGAGCAUGUUGUGAAGGAGGACCUGCUGAAUGCCCUGUACUGUGAAUUCAUCAACCGGGUCAACGAGGUGGGGGUGGACGUGAACCGGGCUAUCUCUCAUCCCUACACGCAGAGCCUGGUCCAGUUUGUCUGUGGCCUGGGACCGAGGAAGGGAUCACACCUGCUCAAGAUUCUGAAACAGAACAACACACGUCUAGAGAACCGGACCCAGCUGGUCACUAUGUGUCACAUGGGCCCCAAGGUCUUCAUUAACUGUGCUGGUUUCAUCAAGAUAGACACCGCCUCGCUCGGGGACAGUACGGACUCCUACAUCGAGGUUCUGGACGGGUCCAGGGUCCACCCGGAGACGUACGAGUGGGCCAGGAAGAUGGCGGUAGAUGCACUGGAGUACGAUGAGUCCGCGGAAGACGCCAACCCGGCUGGAGCACUGGAGGAGAUCCUGGAAAACCCAGAACGUCUCAAAGACCUUGACCUGGAUGCGUUCGCAGAGGAGCUGGAGAGACAAGGCUAUGGGAACAAGGGUAUCACACUGUAUGAUAUCCGGGCUGAGCUGAGCUGCAGAUACAAGGACCUUAGAGUUCCUUACAGAUCUCCCAACACGGAGGAGGUGUUUAAUCUGCUCACCAAAGAGACACCGGAGACCUUCUACAUAGGUAAACUGAUCACCAGUGUGGUAACGGGCAUUGCUCACCGGCGCCCCCAAGGGGAGAGUUACGACCAGGCCAUCAGGAACGAUGCCACAGGGCUGUGGCAGUGCCCCUUCUGUCAGCAGGAUAACUUCCCUGAACUCAGUGAGGUGUGGAAUCAUUUUGACAGCGGGUCGUGUCCGGGCCAGGCCAUUGGCGUGAGGUCCCGGAUGGACAACGGCGUCCAGGGCUUCAUCCCGACCAAGUUCCUCAGUGACAAGGUGGUCAAGCAUCCUGAGGAGAGGGUCAAGGUGGGAAUGACUGUUCACUGUCGCAUCAUGAAGAUCGACAUUGAGAAGUUCAACGUGGACCUGACGUGCCGGACGUCAGACCUUAUGGAUAAGAACAAUGAGUGGAAGCUUCCCAAAGACACCUACUACGACUUUGAUGCUGAGACGGAAGACAUCAAGGCAGACGAGGAGCUCAAGAAGAAACAGCAGCGAACUACCUAUAUAAAGAGGGUGAUCGCCCACCCCUCCUUCCACAACAUCAACUUCAAGCAGGCUGAGAAGAUGAUGGAGUCCAUGGACCAAGGAGACGCUAUAAUUCGGCCCAGCAGCAAAGGAGUGAACCACCUCACUGUCACCUGGAAGGUGGCUGAUGGUAUCUACCAGCAUGUGGACGUACGAGAGGAGGGCAAGGAGAAUGCCUUCAGUCUGGGACACACACUAUGGAUCAACACUGAGGAGUUUGAGGAUCUUGAUGAGAUCACAGCUCGAUAUAUUCAGCCAAUGGCAGCAUUUGCUCGCGACCUCCUGGGACACAAGUACUUCCAGGACUGUAACGGUGGAGACAGGAAGAAAAUGGAGGAGCUGUUGAUCAGGUCUAAAAAGGAGAAACCUACGUUCAUCCCCUACUUUGUGUCAGCGUGUAAAGACCUGCCGGGGAAGUUCAUCCUGGGGUACCAACCUCGCGGAAAACCACGUAUUGAGUAUGUGACCAUCAGUCCUGACGGAUACCGCUACCGCUCCCAGAUCUUCCCUACUGUUAACGGGCUGUUCCGCUGGUUCAAGGACCAUUUCCAGGAACCGGUUCCAGGCAUCACACCCAGCAGUACUCGAACACGAACACCUGCCUCUGUCAAUGCUACGCCAGCUAAUAUUAACAUCGCAGAUCUGACCCGGGCUGUCAACGCUCUCCCGCGCAACAUGACUUCACAGAUGUUCAACGCCAUCGCCGCGGUGACAGGGCAGGGCCAGGGCCAGAACGCCAGCACCACUCCCGCCCAGUGGGGUUCCAGCCAAUACGGUUACACCGGGGGCAGCAGCGGGGGUGGGGGAGGCAGCUCCUCAGCAUAUCACGUGUUUGCCACACCCCAGCAGCCGAUGGCAACGCCCAUGAUGACCCCCAGCUACUCGUACACCACGCCCAGCCAGCAGACCCUAGGAACACCCCAGUACCCUUCCUCCACCCCCUUGUCUUCUCACGGACACGCCCAGAGCAGCCACCAAGGCCACAGCAGCAGCAGUCACCACGGACACUCGUCCAACACCCCCUCCUCCUCUUCGUCCUCCCGCGGACGUACGCCCCAGCAGCCUAAGUCAAGUGGCAGCACAGCUGUGGACUGGGGAAAGAUGGCUGAGCAGUGGCUCCAGGAGAAGGAAGCAGAGAGGAAAAAGAAGACCCCUAGGAUGACCCCACGACCUUCCCCCAGCCCCAUGAUCGAGAGCACCCCCAUGUCCAUCGCCGGAGACGCCACCCCCCUUCUAGACGAGAUGGACCGAUAGGACAGGAGUUGGGGGGAGGCACCCCACCCCCCUUUACAACCCUUCCUAGAAUAUAUAUAUUCUCGUCAAUCUCAUCAACUCAUCCUUCUGCCCAUCCACACGUCUGCCUGCCCGGCCCCCUAAACUGGACCCAUGCCAUUCAGAUCCUCACCACCUCCUCAUCCCAGCUAACCCUCCUCACCUUCUUGUGUCCCAUUGGAAUCUGUUUCUAGCUACUGUGUAUCUAGCCAUGUUUCUGUCCCGGCACAUUUUGUCUCUCUCUAUCCCUUUAAUUUUGAUGCCGGCCACAUUGUCCAGUAUUUUAUAUAGUAAGUAUAUUUGACGUUGUCUGACGGGCAAAAUGUCAAACCAAAAGACAUCAGACAUUUGAAACAAACUAAGUAUAGGACAUGGACCUAAUGGAGAAAUUGUCAGGCAAAAUGUCUCCUUUUUUCUUUUAAAAACAUGCAAUGGGGUAGGCUAUGUAUUUUUUUUUCCUCUUUGAUUUUAAAAAACAAUAUGAAGAAAAAAACUAUUAGGAGGUGCUGGCAAAAGGGUCAUAUUGGUUGGCGGGUAGUUGGCCUGACCAGGUAGGCUGUUGUGUAAUGUCUCUUCUGGCCGAUUAGCCCUGCCCCUUCUUCUUGGACGAUUAGGCGGGUUACGGCGGGAGGCAGCCGAGCGGGCUAUUUGCCGAGCCAAUCAGGAAGCUUGUCUGCGUUUUUUGUAUUGAUCCACUGAAACGAAUAAAGACACUGUUUUCAGUAUGAACCUUAACUCUGCACUCUUCACAUUGUCUGUCAAACCCACAAACACACCUGGCAACAACCUUAAGAGUCUCUGGUGCUGAUAAAAAAGAAAAUGUGCUAUUUAGAAUUGAGAUCUCAUAAUGCUGCCAACUAAUAUGCGCUGAUUAAAACAUUGGGUAAAUGUGGUGGGAAUGAAUGAAAAGAAAACACAUUAGGAUGGAGAAAUGUGUUCAUGGCCUUUUCUAAACUCUACCACUGAGCCUUUUUGCAGUCACCACUAUCUCGUACUUGAACUGAAUGUUUUAACACCGGCAGAAUGCAAUAUGGAUUUUACAUGUCUGUCUGCGGUGGGCAACUGAUCCAGGAGGGCUAGAACUGUUUUCUUUUUUUCCAGGUACUUAGUUCAACUCACCUGGUGUCCUAGGUCUGAAUUAGUGUGUGAUUAGAUGAGGAUAAAAACCAGAUGUGUUUCAGCCCACCAGGAACAGAGCUGAACAGCCCUGGAUAAUAAACGUUUCUCUUCAGAAGACAUGAGGGUAGUACUUAUAGGCUUGUUCCGGUGUUCCCUAGUCUGACCAUGAACCCGGUUGCCAUGGAAACUCAUACCAUUACAACAGGACAAAGGAACCAAAGUAAUGGUUGACAGAUUUGUCAUGAGGAGACUAGGGUGAAUCUUUUUUUCUUGCUGUGACAACUUUAGAUGUUUUAGCUUGUUGUCUUCCAUGUGAAUGUGAGAAGGUUCAAUCAUUGUUUGGUAGUUUGUUGAAGCGUAGGCCUAUUAGUUGUAUAUUUGCUCAAGUAUAAUUAUAUAUAUUAACUUGUCUUUAGUCUUUAUUGUUCUUUGAAUCCUUGACGAGUCAUCAUGAUUUAAUAGCUUCAUUACAUAUAGCAGGUUUUAUUUGCAUUUCUUCCCUGGGCAGUAUCCCAGUGAUGUCCUUGUCAAGAGUGAAUAACUGUAUUAGGUUAAGAGGAUAUGUGAAGCUUAUAUCUAUAGAUUUUUUUUCCAUUCAGACUGAAAAGAUGGGUUAGGAGCUAAGGGUAAUGGCUUCUGGCCUAAAUGGAAGUGUCAAGUGGGCAUACCAUCAACUCAGCAUAAACCAGAUAAGAUAGCUGUUCAGACUUUGGUUUCAUCUACAGAUAAAUGUCAUUAAGGAUUCAUAUGUCUGAGAAAGAGGAUUGGGUCCAUUUUAUUUGUAGUGACACUGCCUUGUGUUACACAGAAACCUGUGUGUUGCAUGCUGGCUUCAUUUUUGACGGUUGCAUGUUAGAAUGGUUAUAAGGUUAUUACCCCGCUGAAGGCGUGUUCUGUGGAGAAUCCUCAUCAGUAAUCUGACUAAUAAUUUCACAUUAGUCUUGAACCAACAUAUAUGGUAAAAACAAAAGCUUUGUUCACACUGCCGGCCUUAACGCUUUUAAUUUUUAGAAAAACGAUUUGAAAUACUGACUGUAUUCCAUAUCGCAUACUGACACUUUCAAAUGCACAACAAAUCUGCAUUUGAAAGUGACCAAUUUGCGAUCAGACAGUGAAGUUUUGACCUCUCAUUGAGAUUUGUAGUUGGCAUAGUUAUAAACUCCCAACUCUUGUCCUCUGUACUGCUGUUCUUGUUUUUGUGCUGACGACAUACACAGCACAGGGAAAAAUUACUUGGAUGAAGAUAUUGGAUAUGUUCCGAUACAAGUCACCUAAUCUGAUUUUAUUAUGGUUUUUCCCUUUUCAUAAUGCAGGACACAUCUGUUUGGAAUCCGAUAUGGGGUCAAAAUGAGAUUUCAGUCACUUGAAAUGCCCAGUGUGAGCAAAGCUAAUUCUGGGAGUAGGUACAUUCUGGGAGUAUAGGUUUUUGUUUAGGGCUGGGAAACUGGACCUGAGUUUUUAAUUUGCAUUGUUUAAUCUUUUGCUCUCACUAAGCCUGUGGUUGUUAGCUGUGGAAGAAGCAAGAGGGAGAGAAAGGCGGGAUUUUAUCUCUGGUCUUACACUUCUGAUAACCAUGUUCUCUCUUCAAUAAAGCAUCCAUUAAUGCCA